UAUUUAUCUACACAGAUAGUGAUGAUCUGUCUACACAGAUAAUGAUGACCUUUAUUUCAUUAUCAUAAUUGUACACAUUACACAUAAGGAAGAAAGCAAGUGUUAUUAAGAGACCUGAUGACCCAAUGUACUAACACACUAUGACAGAAUCAGAGUAUACCUACACAGAUUCUUUCAAGGUUACAGACAAUAUCAAACAAGCAUUUGAUGACAAUGGCUACAUCAUGAUCAGAAAAAUGUUUGAUGAGGAAGAAAUAUGCCAAAUGAAGAAAGUUCUUGAAGAUAGUGACAUGGCACAAAAAUAUGGAUAUGGUUUACCAGACGGACAGGGAAAACAAGCUGGACUUGUUAUAUGGAGUCACCCAGGAGACGACGUAACAGGCAUCGUGUCAAGGAGUGAAAAGGUUGUGGACACAUGUCAAGAGUUACUUGGAGGUGGUGAAAUUUACCACUACCAUGCAAAAUUUGUGAGGAAGGAUGCUUAUACGGGAGGAAGUUUUCUGUGGCAUCAAGAUUACGGGUACUGGUACAAAAACGGAAACCUGUUCCCGGAUCUCUUAACCAUAUUCAUUCCUGUUGAUAUAAGCGACCAAACUAAUGGAUGCCUGCAGAUUUUACCUGGAAGCCACAAAUGCGGUAGAAUUGAUCACUUCCCUGUUGCUGGCCAAAAUCAGUGCGAUAUAGAAAGAGUCAAACAGAUCAUCGAGAGACAUCCAAUUAAACACGUGGAAAUGGAUCCAGGUGAUGCUUUGAUUUUCCACAGUAAUGUUAUACAUACCAGUGCUCCGAACAAUAGUCCGAACAGGCGCUGGGCGCUAUUAUACUCAUAUAACCUGAAGUCUAACGACCCCGUAUUUAAACACCAUCACCCGAAUUAUACACCACUAGAAAAGGUGCCAAACUCAGCAAUCAAAGAAUGUAGAAAUUACAUAGAUUUCACCGGGAAAGAUUUUCUUGACCCAAGUGUUGACAAAACAGUCAAAGCUGACAAAGGACAGUAGUGUUGAACACUUUGGUUAAGAUACUAUGCAACAUUUCUAUUUUUGUUAAAUUACUUAUUGAAUUAUAGUACUUUUAAGGCUCUGAUUCAAGCUGACUUUAAAACAAAUACAAGUAUUGUUUA